AUGCCAGCUGUCCUGACAUCAUGUGACUUCAACAACAACAACGUUCCUUUUUGCCAAUUUCGGCAAGACGUUGACGAUGACAGCGAUUGGACCCGCCAUCGCGGACCAACACCCACCAAUGGCACCGGACCAGAAGGGGACUACCCCAGUGGCGAUGGUUACUACAUUUACCAUGAGUGUGACAAUGUGGCUAGUAGACAGAAAGCUCGCCUGAUCAGUCCUGCAAUCCACAGCAGUUUGCCUCAAAUAUGUGUUCAGUUCUGGUACUAUAUGUACGGUAGUGACCACCUCAACCAUCUAGCUGUUCUGGUCCGUGACUCCGGCACAGAGGAGAAGGUCUGGGAGAAAGUGGGUUUCCAGAGUCCUUCUUGGCUCGGAGCUGAUUUGACCGUGACGACACCUGUUGGCCAGACUGUCAAUAUUGUGUUUGAGGCUAUGAGAGGGACCACGUCAUCCUGUGACACAGCUCUAGACAACAUAAUUAUCAGUGAAGGAGCUUGCCCUGGCUGUUUGUCAGAAUGUGACUUUGACACCUUCGAUGACUUGUGUGGCUGGACUACUGAAGCACCAGCAGAAAUCUUUGGCUGGGAGCAGUGGCCUGGGUCCACAGAAACAGAGGGAACUGGGCCGGAUGAUGACUACUCCAAGCCCGGGCGUGAGUGACACUGCACACAUUGCGCAGCCUAUGGCCAGACAGCUCAGUAACAGGGAACUGUAUGGGAUGGAAUCUCAUACUUAUAUUGUCUGGAAGGCAGAAGUUUAUAGUAUGACUUUGG